CCAUGCAAUGAUACAAACACUUAUUUGUUUGGAUAAGGGAAAAGUGCGGUCAGAGCAGAGCAAACAUAAGCUUACUUCCAUGAACUGCAGAGUCCUAACUCCAAAUCUCUCUACAACGCCUCACCAUUUCCUGUCACUUUGUCGAAACCCUAGCCUUAACCGGACAUCCCAUCUCAGAACCUCAGUGUUCUUCUCUCCUCCCCUUUGGUCCAAUGUUCCCCGAAUCAUCAGUAGUGUUCGGAGUGGUUCAACGCCAAAUGCAUGUUCUUUAGAGCUUCCUCUUCUUCCCUUCAAACUAGACGAGGUUCUUGUUCCAUCAGAGAGUAAAACAUUGCACUUAUAUGAAGCGAGAUAUCUGGCAUUGCUAGAAGAGUCAUGGGUUAGAAAGAGGCUUUUUGUGCACUUCGUGUUGGAUCCAAUUCUUUCUGAUGGAUCAUCAGCUGUAGAAUCAUUCGCUGCUCGAUAUGGUUGUUUGGUACAUAUAGAAAAUGUUGAACGGUUAGAUAUUGGAGCUUUAGUUUCUAUAAGGGGCAUUGGUCGAGUCAGAAUUGUAAAUUUUUUACAAGCAGAACCCUACUUGACAGGUAUUGUUGUACCAAAGCAUGAUAAUUUUGAGGACUAUGAUAGUGACAUAAACUUUGAAGUUUUACAGCUAAAGGAAGCUCUUUACAGUUUGAAUAGCUUGCAAAUCAAAUUGAAGGCUUCCAAGGAUGAAUUGUUGCAGACUCAUAUUAUUAACUCUCUAAGAUGGGCUGAGAAACAACCUUCCAUAGAUUGUGAUGAAGCUUUUUUUCCACUUUUACCUGAGCGUAUGUCUUUUGUGGCAUUCCAACCUGUUUCAGGAUCAAGUGAAUCAGAAUUAGGGGCAUUGCAGAGAGACAAACUAAGGGCAAUGGAAAUCAAAGUAACAUCAGAGAGAUUGGAGAACUCAAUAAAAUUGGUUAAACAGAACAUUUCUGUGGUUGCGGCCAAGCUGGCUAUUCAAUCUUUAGAAAUGCAAUAAGCUACAGGAUAACAGCCAUUCUACCUACUUUUGUUGUUGUUCAUGUCAGGCUAGAUGUUGAAGCAUGGAUAUGGCAGGGUAAAUAUGUGUUUAUGCAUGUCUUACUAUUUAUUUGUUUAUUUUUUUGGGUAGUUGAAUCACUGUGAAACACAAUAGUAGGUUAUGCAUCU